AUGGCCUCAUCAACCAACAUACCAUACCCUUUCAAAUUCGAAAGCACAGGGUACUCCAAUGCUCAACAAAGCAAUGGCUCUCCAGCCCACGACGUGACACUAACCCUCCAAAACGUACGUGGAAAGAUUCCCUCCUUUCAAACCUCUCGCCUGCGCUCCAUGAUGCUCGAGGCACACAGCGAUCCAAACAAGAUUCUAGCACACUGCUGCAGCUACGAUGGCCUCUCAUCGAGGCUGGUCGAGGAAGCCGGGUUUCCGCUAGUUUUCCUUGCUGGAUACCCCGUGGCGAGUUCAUAUGGCCUUCCAGAUACCGGGUAUAUUGCCAUGGAGGAGAUGUGUCACAAGAUUCAAGAGGCAGUGCGUCAGGUGUCUAUCCCCGUCUUUGCAGAUGGAGAUACUGGUUACGGUAGUCCGAUGAAUGUGAGACGCACAGUCGAGUGCUAUGCCGCCGCUGGGGCAGCCGGAGUCAUGAUUGAGGAUCAGACGUGGCCGAAACGCUGCGGCCACACCAAAGGCAAAUCUGUCGUCUCGCGCGGCGAAGCAUUCGCACGCAUCCAAGCCGCCUGCGACGCACGCGACCAAGGCCGUGACAUCUUCAUCCUCGCCCGCACCGACGCGCUCAUCCUCGGCUGGGACGAAGCCAUGGCGCGCGCCCAGGAAUUCAAACGUAUCGGCGUCGACGCCGUCUUCGUCGAAGCCCUACCAGACCGCGACAGUAUGCGUGCCUGUGUCACAGAACUGGGGAUCCCGACGUUUGCGAAUAUUAUCGAGGGCGGGAAGACGGAGAAUCUGUCGACUGCAGAUUUGGCGCAGUUGGGGUUUUGUGCGGUGGCAUACCCUUGGACGUUGGUGGCUGCAAAGUUGAAGAGUGUGAGAGAGGCGUUGGAGGGGUUGAAGAAGAGUAUGCUCACGGGGCCGCCGCCGAUGAUUCUGAGUUAUGCGGAUGUGUGUGAGGGAGUGGGGUUUAAUAAGUAUUGGGACCUUGAAGAGAAGUACAAGUACAAUGCCUAG